AGAAUUCAACGAAUUGUCAGAGAUUAAUAUGAGCGACAAUAAAAAACAAACCUCCACUGAUCUACUACAGUCUAGUCACAGUUGUUGGUGGAACGAAGUGGAUAACGUUUUUUUUUGAUAUGAAGUGCCAAAAUAAAUGUGAACUAAAAUAAUCGCUAAACGAUAAAACAAAAACGAAAAAAGAAACAACAAAAACAAACAAAUGAAUAAAUAAACAAAACGUAAAUCGUAAUUCGACAACAAUUAAGACCUUGUUAGAAAAGACAAAAAAGAUAUGAUAAUUUAUACAGUUUUCAAAUACCAAAUUUAAUUGUUAAAUUGUUCGGAAUGAAGUUCAAAAGGGAAACAGCAAACCAAUGAUGUAAACAAAAGCUAGACGAAAAAAAUAAUAAAAAACAAUACAAAUUAUAACAAAUUACACUCAAAUAAAAAAUGUUCGUUCAAACGACGGCAAAACUUGAAACAACCAUAAGAAGACACAAACUGAUCAUCGCUUUUGGGCUAUGAAUUUCAAAACUAAAAGCGUAGUAACCAGAAGAAUAAAAACAACAACGACACCAUAAAAACAAAACUAGUAUUUUUCGGAAACAUUAUAAAAUUCUGUCAAAUUGUUAUUGUUUUUCCUCAAAUUUCGGUUCUUUUUUUUUUGGUUCGCUUCGAAGCUCGAUGUGUGUGAAACAAACCUUUAUGAGAUCGAACGUGAGUUUGUGUGUGCGUUAAAGUUGUGUUUUGUUUCUCGUGACGCUGCCUCACAUGUGCGUUGUCGCUGGCGGUGGAGUUGUUGUUGUUGCUGUUGUAUUGUGUUUUCGCUCGGCGUAUUUGUAUUUGAAUUAAUUAAAAAUAUAAAAUACCUCUAAUCAUUAUGGCUCGCUCACAUUUCACUCGAAAACUUUGUCUCGCAAUGACGGCUACCGUCUCUAUACUGGCAUUAAUAUUAGCCGUCUUGGGAUUAUUCGGUGCUCCUGCCGAUUCUGUCAAGCCAUCGACGGCCGGCUCCACGGAUCAGUCAACAUUGGAGCUGUUGCAUGUGGUAUUUCGUCAUGGACCACGUACACCUGCCGACACCUAUCCCAAUGAUCCACAUGUAAAUCAAACAUUCUACCCCUAUGGCUGGGGACACAUAACAAAUAGUGGCAAACGUGAAUUGUUCACCAUUGGCAACUGGCUGCGCAAACGUUAUGGCAACUUUUUGGGCAACUAUUAUUUUCCAGAUCUGCUCCAUGCCCAGGCCACUGGUGUGCCACGCACCCACAUGAGUUUACAGACUGUAUUGGCUAGUCUGUUUCAACCCAGAAACACAGCCAUGGAAUGGAAUACCAAAUAUAAUUGGCAACCAAUUCCAGUAUUUUCACAGGAAUUAAAUGAGGAUACGCUCUUAUUGGUUCGCACACCAUGUCCCCGUUAUCACGAAGCCUUUCAGGAAGUUUUGAGUUCAGCCAAAGUCCAAGAGGAAAUUAAACCACAUGAAUAUUUAUUCGGCGAAUUAACCAAACUCACCGGCUUAAACAUUACCGAACCUGAAGAUAUUAAUUCGCUGUAUUUGACACUGUUGGCGGAGACUGAAUUUGGUUUGGAGCUACCUGCAUGGACCAAGCAAUAUUACCCCGAAAAAUUACAAUAUCUUGCAGAGCAAAGUUACAUUUACAAUGCCUAUACCAGAGAAAUGCAAAAAAUAAAGGCUGGACCUUUCCUAACGAAAAUGUUCAACGAAAUGAAGGAUAAGUCGUCCAACACACUCAAGCCGGCAGGACGUAAAAUGUAUAUCUACAAUGGUCACGAUUCGACUGUGGUGAACAUAAUGCAAGCUUUGCAGAUUUGGAAGAGGCAAUUGCCGCGUUACUCUUCAAUGACUCUCUUUGAGUUGCACAAAAACAAAGAUACUGGGAAAUAUUAUGUUGAGAUCUAUUUCCGCAACAAUCCCAAAGAAACUGCCCUACCUCUUACCGUACCUGGCUGUGAUUUCCAAUGCCCCCUGGAGAAACUCAUCGAAUUGAGUUCAGAGGUUUUAAUCGACAAGACACGUGAUGCGAAUCGUUGUGUCUCAAAGAAUGAGGCCUUCACGGAACCUCCACUACGUGGUCCAUAGGCCAAAAGCCAUUAUGAGUCUCAGGAAUUAGUUUAAUUUGCUUCUAAGUACUGUGUUUUCUAUUUUGUUUCUUUUUUUUCAACUU